GCCCCCCCCCCCCCCCCCCGCGGCGGCGGCCCAGCUCCAGCGGCGUUCCUAAGGCGACCUCCGGGAAGGGCUGCAAGUUUGACAGAUGUGCAUGAGGAGGGGCCUGGUCGGCCUCUCCUUUUGUACCUGCUACCUGGCUUUUUACCUCACGAACAAGUAUGUCCUGUCUGUGUUGAAAUUUACCUACCCUACGUUGUUCCAAGGGUGGCAGACGUUAAUCGGUGGACUUUUGCUUCAUGUAUCUUGGAAGCUGGGCUGGGUGGAGAUCAACCACAGUUCAAGAUCUAAUGUUUUGACAUGGCUUCCUGCUUCAGUGCUGUUUGUGGGCAUUAUCUAUGCUGGUUCCAGAGCAUUGUCCAGACUGGCCAUUCCUGUGUUCCUCACUUUGCAUAAUGCAGCUGAAGUUAUUAUCUGUGGGCACCAGAAGUGUUUUCGGAAAGAGAAAACGUCUCCUGCGAGGAUCUGUAGUGCCCUCUUCCUCCUGGCCGCUGCCGGAUGCCUUCCCUUUAAUGACGCCCAGUUUGAUCCAGAUGGAUAUUUCUGGGCUGUAAUUCACUUAUUCUGCAUGGGGGCUUAUAAGAUACUACAGAAGUCUCAGAAACCCAAUGCAUUAAGUGACAUUGACCAGCAGUACUUAAACUAUAUAUUCAGUGUGGUGCUUCUGGCAUUCGCAUCUCAUCCCACAGGUGAUCUCCUCAGCGUUCUGGACUUCCCGUUCCUGUACUUCUACAGAUUCCACGGCAGCUGCUGUGCCAGUGGGUUUUUAGGAUUCUUCCUCAUGUUCAGCACAGCCAAGCUAAAAAGCCUUAUGGCCCCGGGGCAGUGUGCGGCCUGGAUUUUCUUUGCGAAGCCUCCUGCUCAGUGGACUUGGAGAGGCCUUGCUGGUGUUCUCAGAGCGGAAGGGUGCCUAAAGAUGACCGCAGGAGAAGGAGAGCCACCAGCUGCCUACCAGAGAGGACAGGCCCAGGCUGCAGAGGUCCUUGCUACAUGUGUUAGAAAGAAGAAUACAAGGAUGGUGAGACCACUGCUUCUCAUUGCGUCAGGAACGUUCUGAGGGUCUCUGGGCUGCUGCAGAGACUGGACUGUGUUGUGUCUUCCCUCUGAGAGGUUCACCAGAGCCCUGCUGUUCCCAGUCGUGCAGAAACAGAUGCAGGGUUUCCCCUGGAGGGGGGCCGGGUCCGCUCACCUCCACUGACGUGCAGGCCUCCUCAUUAAACACCCUUCACCAGACACUGCUUUCACUCUGUGGUAGCAGCCCAAGGUAUGUGGUUGCAUUUUUUGUUUUGUUUUGUUUUGUUUUUGUGUUUGUUUUGUGGGAGCCUCCUGGGGAUGUCCUUUCCUUGCUCUCAUGCUGGCUUGUCUAGAGCCCUCACGCACCCACUCAUGCGAAUUCCUCAAGAGGUCUCCCACUCGGCGGGGUACGAAGCCAGCAAGGACACUAUUACUCUAGAGUGAGUGCUGAAGCCUUUUUGUGGUAGUGUGUUCUAUUGUGUUGUGCUGUAUUAAAUUCUGCGCACUUAUUUUUUUUACCUGCCAUUCAAUUAACUUGAUACUAAAUGAUCACCAGAGGGACUAGGGUACGUAAGCACUGAUGAUGCCCUCCCUGGGCAGGUGAAAACAGAAACAGCCCUUUAACAUAUGGGUAUGUGCACAUUUAUAUUUAUAUUCCUUAAAGCUUUUAACACCCCCCAAAAAAGCUUUUAACCCAUUUAGUGAUUACCAAUAUCUUAGAGUAAGUUGCAAACCAUUGAAUACUGAAGUGUAUUUUUCAGGCCUGAUUACAAAUUAGAUUAAAACUCUAAACCUUGCCUCUAUGGGUAUCAAAAGAAAUGAAUUUGCAUGAAAUGGUUAUUUGACUGUGAACCCACAGUGGAGGUUUAAGAAAAUAAUGUCUAACUCCAAAUACUUCUCUGCAGAGUAGGUUUUUUGAGUACCUUACCACUCUGCCAGUCAUUUUGAGAUGUAGGCGAUAGUGAACUCCAGUGAGCCUUCUCCAGGCAGGGCCAGGCCCUGGAGUGCUGGACACCCUCACCCGCAUCACCGAUGGAGAGAUCCCCCAGUGCCUGGGAGGUGAGCCUGGCCCAUCCUCUGCCCUGUGAAGAGCGGCAUCAGCUCAGUCAGCAGCCAUUCUUUCCACACGUUUUCUCCAACGUGUAGAGAGAAGAAGAGAAAAUGAAACAAAUAGAAAUGGAUUUGUAUAUGUGGAAUUUGCGUACGUCAAAUUAAUUUCCUUGUCCUUUCCUGACCUCUGCUUGCCAUUUCGGUAAAGAUCUUCAGAGCGAUCUUUGCACGUAGGGAGUUUCAGUUUCCUUUCGCUCUGCACCUGGGAUGUCCGACUUCCUAUAAAUUGAGGAUCAAAUAGAAAGUUUGGGUUUGGAAAUUUCAUUGUCCUUUUGCUCCCACAAGACCCUCUCUGUAUAACUGAGGCCAGCUCUCUUCCAUGUGUGGCACGUGGCAUCUGUCCGACUGGCAUCUCAUACCAGUCUCUCUGAGCAGCCGUUAUGCGAUUGGAGAUUCCUAAGGCUGGAAAGAUCCGUGUGCCGUUCACAAGCUCAGCCCGCUGCUUCCAGCAGGACUGACCUCCCAACACUUUGAAAAGCUGUGGGCAUUUCUUUUAGAGAGUCUCUAGCCAGGGAUUUUUGUUGCUAUCGUUAUUGUUGCUGCUCUUGUUUUUGUUUGCUUGAUUUUUUAAAAAUCAUAUUCCAGAGCCCCAUUGUUUUUACUUUGACAUUAGCAAGAGGCAGAAUAUAGAUAAGGUAUUUCUUCCACAUUUCAUCAUGUUUCCUUCAACUUCUACCUCUUCUUGGGCUUUUUUAUUCAACCUUCAACCGCCACCUCUUAUGCCCAAGCUCACAUGCUCAGCUCUGAAUGGGCAGUGAGCCCAGAGGUCUGCAAAACCAGGGGCUGGCCCCGGGCAUUGCAGCCACAUCGUCGCUGUCACCUCCUGGAGCUCUCGGGGCCUCAGGGCCCCUGGACGGGCAAUCCCCAGGUCACCCCAGCACUCCCAGUUACCUGGAUGAUCCCUUUGGUCAUGUCCUCUCUGGGUCCCAGUUACCUGAGGCCUUGUUGGCCGCAAGUCAAAGCCAGGGUGUUUUGUUUUCUCGUUUGUAGAAAUGAAGAAUGUGCUUUCUGUCGAGAGAGGCAAGGUUGUGUAUGAUUGUGCAUUGUUAUUAAUCUACUAUGGAUAUAAG